AUGGAGACAAAAGUUUAUAAACAGCAAUAUGGCCAAGGAGAACUUCAGAGAAAUGUGUGCCUACAACAAAUGGGGAAUGUCAACAGUUCUGAGACGAUCCAGAACCUCAAUGAGAAGAUCCAGAACCUCAAUGAGAAGAUCCAGAACCUCUCUAUGGCAUUGCAAACACUGGCCACCAGGCUUUGUCAGGAGCUACAGGAAAAGGAGCCAGGGCACAAAUGUAAACCUUGUCCACAGGAUUGGAUAUGGCAUAAAAAUAGAUGUUAUCUUCCAUAUCAUAUUUAUACCACGUGGCAAAACAGCGAAAAGUCAUGUGCUGACCGCAAUGCCAGCCUGCUGAAGAUUAACAACAAGGAUGCACUGGAGUUUGUAAAAUCCUGGCAAUUAUUUGGCUAUUGGAUUGGAGCAUCUCCUAGAAAAAAUAGCACAAACACUAUGACAGUGGAUCAGAGUGUUGCUUCUUCUAUUUGGUUGAAAAACAAGCCCAGUGCCUUCAAUGGAAUGUAUUGUGCAUUUAUGACAGAAGACAAGCGCAUUUUGUAUGAUAGUUGUUUGGCAUCCAGAUAUGCAAUGUGUGAGAAAAUGGCUGGUCCAGUGCGGGUAGAAAGUGUGCUAGGUUAAAGUUCACGAUGAAAGGCUGUACUUGGUAAUAAAGUCCUUGUCUUGAGAUGCUGUCCUGCACUGGGAAGGAUCUAGAUGUCAGCGUGUGUC